UACAAAUCUGUCAGCUGUUACGUCUGUAUCAUCGGCUGAGGCAAGAGUUCCAAGCUGCAUAUGCAUUGUAUCACCAACUGGAUUCAUUACUGGAAUUAUGUUGAGGUGUGCAGUUAAAGCUGGAGUUGAAUGCUGUCCAACAUGGAUGAGUCGCAUCUGCAGCAGGACGACCUCAAGGAUGAAAGUCCAUCACUUCAUCAGACCUGCCUCAUUAGACCAGAGAACUGUAUCCUCAUCUUCCUCGUCAUCCCUUGUCUGGAGACGGAUAAAGACAGAUCAAAAGAAUUCUAUAUGUCGUCCUACAGACAAUGUUUUAACCUCUGGACUGAAAGCGUGUUUUUGUUCAGGACAAUCAGAUGACGGCUCAGCAGCUAAGCAGGCUCUUGGUAAAAUUGAAGGUAAGCUUCAUCUGGCCUUCACAUGUAAAGUCUGUGGAAUGCGUACAGCAAGGAGCAUCUCUAAACAUGCCUAUGAAAAGGGCGUGGUCAUUGUCAAGUGUAGUGGAUGUGAAAACAAUCAUCUCAUCGCUGAUAAUCUAGACUGGUUCAAAGGAGCUAAAGGAGCAGGGAGGAAUAUAGAAGAGAUCAUGGCGGCUAAAGGAGAGAAUAUAAGAUCCCAGGUGACCAAGGAUGAUAUGUUAGAGAUUUCAAGCCUCGAUACCGAUACUCUGAGUGACGAGAAAACAUGA